AUGCGGCUCCAGGGGCCCCAGGGGUCGGCGCUGCUGCUGCUGCUACUGAGGGGGAUGUUGAUCCUAGGAGUUCUACUGCCAGCAUCUGGCCAUGUGGAGACUAGAGCCCAUGCUGAGGAAAGACUGCUGAAGAAACUCUUCUCUGGCUACAACAAGUGGUCCCGGCCUGUAGCCAACAUCUCUGAUGUGGUCCUUGUCCGAUUUGGACUGUCCAUUGCUCAGCUCAUUGAUGUGGAUGAAAAGAAUCAAAUGAUGACCACCAACAUGUGGGUGAAACAGGAGUGGCAAGAUUACAAGCUUCGCUGGGACCCAAUGGACUACGAGAAUGUAACCUCAAUUCGCAUCCCCUCAGAGCUCAUUUGGAGGCCUGACAUCGUUCUCUACAACAAUGCAGAUGGUGAUUUUGCGGUGACCCACCUGACCAAAGCCCACCUCUUCUAUGAUGGGAGGAUCAAGUGGACGCCCCCUGCCAUCUAUAAGAGUUCCUGCAGCAUUGAUGUCACCUUCUUCCCCUUUGACCAGCAAAAUUGUACCAUGAAGUUUGGUUCCUGGACCUAUGACAAAGCAAAGAUUGACCUGGUGAGCAUGCACAGCCACGUGGACCAGUUGGACUAUUGGGAGAGCGGCGAGUGGGUCAUCAUCAGCGCUGUUGGAAAUUAUAACAUUAAGAAGUAUGAGUGCUGUACAGAAACUUACUCAGAUAUCACCUACUCCUUCAUUAUCCGUAGGCUUCCGCUCUUUUACACCAUCAACCUCAUCAUCCCCUGCCUUCUGAUUUCCUGCUUGACGGUCUUGGUCUUCUAUCUGCCAUCAGACUGUGGGGAGAAGAUCACAUUGUGCAUUUCUGUGCUAUUAUCCUUGACUGUGUUCCUACUCCUCAUCACUGAAAUCAUCCCAUCCACAUCCCUGGUCAUUCCCCUGAUCGGGGAGUACCUGCUCUUCACCAUGAUCUUUGUGACAUUGUCCAUCAUUAUCACCGUCUUUGUGCUCAACGUCCACCAUCGCUCGCCUCGCACGCACACCAUGCCUGCAUGGGUCCGAAGGGUGUUCCUAGAUAUCAUCCCUCGCUUACUCUUCAUGAAGCGCCCUGGGGUGGUGAAGGACAACUGCAGGAAGCUGGUGGAGUCCAUGCACAAACUGGCUGGAGGUCCGAGGUUCUGGCCACAGCCAGAGCCCAACUUUGUUACUUCACCUUCCACCAGCCCCCAAACCCCAGAACGGUCACCCUCAGCCUCAUUCUGUGUCCACCUGGAGGAUCCAAUCAAACCCCAGUCUGUCUGUAAGUCUCCCUCAGGUCAGUACACUGUGCUGCAGCGCCCUGAGCCUGGGAAGGGCAGUCCCUGCUCUCCACCCACCCCCCACCCUCCUCUGAAUAAUUUCCAACCCUCUGGCUUCUCCAAAGUCAGAUCUCUAAGCGUACAGCAAAUGUACAGCUCCAGUAAAGUGGAGGAAGGAAGCAUCCGCUGCAGGUCAAGGAGCAUCCAGUACUGCUCUCUCCAAGAGGACUCUUCCCAGGCAAACAAUGGGCAGUCUAGCAGCUCCCCGGCCUCUUUGAGGAGUCAGAAAGAGGAAGUCCAGGCCCAGGAGAAACCCUCCCCAUGCAAGUGCAAAUGCAAGAAGGUCAAGGCUACGCCUGUCCCAGAUCCAGUGACCAAACCACGCAGCACCAAAGAGCAGCAUGCCCUGCCCAUGUCACCAGCCUUGAAACUCGCAGUAGAGGGAGUUCAGUACAUAGCAGACCAUUUGAAGGCAGAAGAUACAGAUUUUUCGGUGAAAGAAGACUGGAAGUACGUUGCCAUGGUCAUAGACAGGAUCUUUCUGUGGAUGUUUGUCAUUGUCUGCUUGCUGGGUACUGUGGGACUCUUCCUCCCACCCUGGCUGGCUGGAAUGAUCUAA